GCUAAUAUGGACUGGUGCUUAUAUUGUAGCUUCUCCUUUUGCCGAUUCACUAGGUCACGCGCUUAUCGGAGCAGCGUGAUGUUGCCUCUACCUGCUGAGUAAAUGAAAACCCUGUUAUAUUUUUAACGCAGGCACUUCAAGGACGACCAAGCAAGCCAACAUGAACUUAGCACCAAAAAGAACUCCCUACCUUCAGGUGAUUGGAGGUGUUCCUAGGUCUCCUUUAUUAAAACCAAAGAUUUGUCGUGAAGCUGUAAGGUUCAAACCAAGCGUAAACGACGUGAUUCUUGUAACCCAUCCGAAGUCAGGAACGCACUGGGUAGCGCAGAUUCUCCUGCUUGUUCUGAACAGAGGAAGGCCUCCUAGAGAUCUCGCCGACCAAAUAAAACGAGCUCCGUUCAUCGAAAUGAAUGGAGUUCCAAAUUUUGACCAAUCACCGAGACUCCUGCGUACCCAUUUGCCAUUUGGACAGUUGCUAUACAACCGGGACGCCAAGUACAUCUACGUGGCACGCAAUCCCUAUGACACUUGCGUCUCUUCUUAUUAUCAUGUCAAAAUGAACGCCUACUACAGAUUUGCAGACGGAAGCUUCGAAGAUUUUGUCGACGCGUUCCUUGAGGGAAAGGUUGGUUUCGGUCAUCACUUGGAUCACGUGCUAUCCGGUUACGCAAGAAGACACGAACCUAACGUCUUCUUUGUGACGUACGAAAAGUUAAAGGCGAACACUGCAGGGACCGUGCUCGAGUUGGCUAAGUUUCUUGGUGAACCAUAUUCCUCAGAGUUCGACAAAGAUGAGGGGUUGCUCGAUGAGGUUCUGUUCAAGAGCAGCCUUGAUUAUAUGAAGAAGACAUACAAAGCAAGCCAUGAAGAAGCCCGUAUAAUUUACAACCUUCCUUCCCCGUCACCCGAGGUCGAAGCAGAAGCGAAGAAACUGGGAAGCAAGGCAGGAUUCGCCCCAGUGCGCAAAGGACUUAUCGGUAACUGGCGAGCUCAUUUCUCGGCAGAAGAGCUAGAGCGAAUGCAAGCUUGGAUUGAUGCCAAGACUCAAGGUUCGGACGUAAUGAACCUUUGGACGCACGAAUUAGCUGGAACAAGGCUGACACAGACUCCCUAGAUACCUGUCACUAUUCUUGAAUAUCUUAAGAAAAGGAGGGUCAUAAAAGCAUAGCCGCCCUCAAAUCUAAUAAAGAAGUUUGUUUCAACAGUCUU